GUUCGAGCGGGAGCGCCCCGCUGUAAUACCACCGAUCUCCGAGCCGCGUUCCACGUGAUCAUAUUGUUGACGCGAAUUGUUCAGACUUCAACAGUACUUACUUCCAUUUAACCAUCAUGGCUCCAAUCGCAUUCAGCGGUACAAUUCCUUCAAAGAAAAAGGCUGAUCUUCAGGCUAUCGCAGUUGCUCUGAAUAUCAGUGAUACUGGGACAAGAGAGGAUCUACAAGGCAGAAUCAAGCGUCAUCUCGAGCAACAUCAAUCACAAUAUGAAGAUGACCCUACGUUCUCUGGCCUAUACGGCAAGAAGAAAAAGAGCAUACAAACUCCCAUAGAGCGUUUCGUCCCCAGUUCACCAGAUGAACAGGAAGAGAAACUCCACAAGAGUCCUCAAGUCACUCGCAGUCGUCGUAUCGUCCCGCUUGACCCACGUGAGACAACCCCUGUCGACGAUAUGCGAAACGUGUCUAUCAUGCUCAAGAAUCUUCCCAUAUCCCCCGACGCCGAAUCCACCCCCACCUCGUCCGCUAAACCUUCUCCCCAGCGCAAACCUGAAAGCGCCCGACCUAUCACGUCCAUUCAAAGAACGCGUCCAGUAGUCCCUAAACCUGUUGCUCAAGUAGCUCGUGAAUCUCUGGCAAACCUACAAGUCAACGUGCAGAAACACACCCGAACCACCUUGUUGACGAUGCGUGCCGUCCUCUCGGACUCUACCAAUAUUUGGUUCCUCACUUCUCUCCUCGAGCUAUUCUACAUUCUCUACAUGGUGAUUCCGUGGCAGACUUUCGUGUUAUCACCAGGCUCGCCUAGUCAAUUUUACCUCGCAAUCCCCUAUCCCCCCGCUAGCACCUUCUUGACACCAACCUUUUGGACCGUCCUAAUUCAUUGGUCAAUACCCGACAUCUUCAUACCUCUCGUCUUCGGCCUUCUCGUCUCCUUCCACCCCGCUAAUUCUACAUCUGCCCGGAUCCCGCGAGUCAUUGCUCUCGAUCCCCUCUCAGCUUCUAUCGCCCGUCUGGCAUGCCAUGUCGCCUACCCCUUCCGCGCCCUUGAGGCAUCCCUCCAAGGCGUGGAUGUUAUCGGUCAGAAAUGGCGCCUGUUGACAGCGUCUGUCGUAGUGGCAUUUGCGUUCGCAGAGGCUAUUUUCAACGCCCCUAGUGCGUUUGCUGAGUCAAGGGCUCGUUUACGUGCAUCAACCCCUAGGCGUACUGUCCCAUCUGAAGACACGCCCGCCUCUAUCACCGUCACUGGUGAAUCGUGAGUUUUGCGCGUUGUGUACAUUAUACAUCUACUAUGUUGUGACGACUCGUUCAUGAUCGAUUAUUUUCCUUUGGUUUUGCUUUUAUCGAGUUGCUGUUUUGUUAGCGUCGAGACAGUAUUUAUUCUUUACCUAUUGGCAAUUCUAUGAUUUGGAAUAUCACUAUUACCACUGUUACUGUUUUCUCUGUCGCAACAUCGAUGAGCGCGCGAUUUCUUUUAUUUCGUGUUCAGUACCGCCCCUAUCCCCGUCCAAUAUAUCGAUAUCGCUCUUACGAUGGCAUGUAUCCGAUGACCUUGCAUACUCUCAUCCUGGACCUUGGUAACUAAUCAUUUAGCGUUCUAUAACACGUAGAAAGUACGCUGAGGC